UGUUUGGUUAAGCACCUCACUCAUCAGGGCAUGCAUCUCAAGUGACCUAUUUCUAUCCAUCUUGCUUUGAAUUCUGUCAAUUGUCCUUAAUUGAUCGAAAUUGAGCAACUUUGAAGAUACAAUGUGUUUAGGGCAAAACUUUGGGGAUGAAAGUGAUAAGAUCUGUGCUUGACGUGGCAAUGAAGGUUAAGCAUUUAAUCCUCCUAUCCGGGACUCCCUCCUUAUCAAGAUUGUGAUGGAACUGUUUGACAUUUGUGUUUUUGCUAUGUCAAAAUUUUGAAUUUCCAUUACUUGUUAAUGGAUGUGUCAAUACACUUGAAUGCUACGCCAUUCGACAUUUUUCAUCAGAUAAAUAUGUUAUGGCCGGGCUUGCUGGGGGAGACCAAAUAUGAUUUUGCAAAGACAUACUGCUCUGUUAAACUUGUUAAUGGUUGUCAAGGGAAAGUUUUUCAGAUAAGAUGUUUGAAGCAGCAUGUGCUGGCACAGCUACUGCCAGUACGCCAGAAAAUAAUGAGAUUAGUUUUGAGGAGAUCCGAUAUUGCUUCUGCCAUGGCUGCUCUUGGAUUGGUUUUAGCAAAAUCAUAUUUUACUUCUUUCCUGGCUGCACUCGGUGUGCUCAAUAGUGACACUUCUGCAAAUGAUACUGAAGAUGAAUUUUCUGAACUUCGUCAAGAUGCUAGCAUCAGGUGUAGCAAAAGAACUAAGCAAGUUUGAAAAAGAGUUCCAUCUCACAAAAUUCUCUUUAAAUCAAGAUGAGAAGGCAUUGGUUGCAUUAAUCUUUAUAAG